AUGGCAGAGGAAAUGGCGGAGAAACUGGCACGUGCGGGACACCUGAAGGUUGGAUGGGUGUCCUGUCGUGUCCGUAAGAAGAAGGAUACAAAGAGGUGCUACCGAUGCCUAGGCUUCGGCCAUGUGGCGGAGGGUUGCAAUGGUCCCGAUCGGACACGAGGAUGCUUUAGAUGCGGCAAGGAGGGCCACAAGUCUGCGGAGUGCAACAGCGCAUCGCUGUGCUUCCUCUGCGCCGCGAAAGAAGAAAAUUCCCGGACCGAUCAUCUGCCGGGAAGCAUGAGAUUUCGGUCGUUCCGAGAGGCAACUUCGGUGAAAAAGCCUCAAGAACGACCAAAUUAA